GACUUGGAUUGGGACUUGGGAGAAAGGAUUUUGAAAACAAAGUCUCUCCGUGUCUCCUCUGCUCAGUCGCGGAGAAACUGCAUCAGAUCUAUCGGAGGAAGAAGAUGUUUGAGCCUCAACACUUCGUGGAUUUACAAGGCGAUUCCGGGUUUGGAGACGCGAGCUCCUGGCUCUCCGGCGACGACGAUCUCCGGCGGCCUCACCAGUCCUCAGCCGCCGCGAGCUCCGGCAAUGGGAACCUCGAUCGCCGCCUCUUCAAUGACCUUGUCGAGAUGGUGCCUCUCAUUGAGCAUUACAUCGAUCAGAAAGAAAGAAGUUCGUUUAAGCGGCGUGGUUCCAUGAUAUACACAAAAACGCCUUCCAGAGAAGCCUUAGCCAGAAGGGUCCCUGAUCUGAGGGGGCGGAAUGCUUCUCAACCGAUCCCUGGUAGAAAAAAGAGAGACCCUGAAGGCAACAAUGAUGGUAAGAGUGAAAACAAAGAGCAAGAUGGCGAAAAUGUGAGGGCUUUGGCUACUGCUGAGAGGGAAGAAAUGAAAAGUCUGAGAGAGAAAGUUGAUGAGUUGCAAAGAAAAUUGCUGGAGAAAGAUGAGCUUUUGAAAUCAAUGGAACUUUCAAAGAAUCAGGUGAAUGAGACUCAUGCAAAGCUUGAAGAGAUGAAGCGGUUGGUCACCGAGAAGGAGUCUUUCAUUAAGUCUAUGCAGUCACAAUUAUCUGACACAAAGUUCAAACUUGCAGACAAGCAAGCGGCACUCGAGAAGACUCAGUGGGAAGCAAAGACCACAGGCACGAAAGCAACCAAGCUUCAAGAAAUGCUAGAUGCUGUGCAGGGAGAGGUCUCUUCAUUCAUGAGACUAUUCGAAGCAUUGACAAAAAGUGAUUCCAACAAGAAAUAUGAUGGAGUUUUUGAUGUGACCCCAUAUGAAUUCGAUCAUCUUCCUUAUAUUGAUGAUAUAGAUGAAACCCACCUCAGGAAAAUGGAAGAAGCAAGAGAAACAUACGUUGCAGCUGUUGCUACUGCAAAGGAAAAACAAGAUGAAGAAUCCAUGGCAGCCGCUGCAAAGGCGAGAGCGUAUCUGCAGUCUAUAGCAUUUAUGUACUAAUCCCCGAUAACUUGCCCCGGUCUGUUCGUCUGUUUAGAUGUAUAUUAAAUCUUAGAAUGAGAUAUCAUAUAAGAUAUGUUACUGAAAUCUAGUGUUUCGUUUCGUUUGUGGGAUCUCAAGCUUUUAGCUCA